AUAAGUUCCGGAAAAGACUCGGGAACUUCCGGACUCCUGCACGGAACGCUCGGCAGUUUCCGCCUCGGUCGAGGGGACUUGCCAGCGAAGCUCGGGAACUUCCGGCUCUCCUGGUCCUUUCCCGUAACUCCGCCCACGACUCCGCCUCCUUUGGGUUGGUUCCUUGCGAAGAUGGACGCGGACAGCGUGCGCUGAGCCAGGAGCGGACGCAGCUUCCUGCAGGAUGGCUGAGCCGCUGCCCCUGUCGUACGUGACCGCUCAGGAGAUCCGCUGCCUCCUGCACUGGCUGUCGAGCUGGGCCCCUGCUCAACGGGGACGCUUCCUUCAGGACUUGGUGGACAAGGCCGUGCCCUGCAAGGUGCUGCCUCUCCUGGAAGGGCUCGCGGGACUUAGCAUGGAGGCUGGGAAGCCCCCGUCCAUCUUUGAGUGCCAGAUGCGCCUCUGGGACCAGUGGUUUCGGGGCUGGUCGGAGAACGAGCGCAACGAGUUCGUGAGGCAGCUGGAGGAAGUGGAGCCGGACAUGGCCUCCCGCUUUUAUCAGGAGGUGGCCAAGACGGCGGGGCAGGAGUGACGGGAACUCUCUCCUUCUCUGGUUUUUGUCAUGACAGUUUUCCCCAAAUGUCCUGCAGUGAGCUCACUCCUGUUGUGCUGGACUGAUUCCCCCCCCCCCCCCAAUGAAGUAUCAACCCAUGUAGGACCAAGAGUCGUUGCAAACUAUAAUAAAAGGCUACACCAAA